CCAGAGGCAGCAAAGCCUUAGAAAGGGAAGCUGUUAGACAAUAGUGUUAGAGAGGAUCAACCUUUGGACCAACUACGCAGCAUUAACUCUCUGCUGCUUGGUGGAAUUGAAAAGCACCAGGAGAUAUUUUAAGGAAUAGUUUUUCGCCAUUCCCUGCUACAUGGCCACCUUCGCCCGCAGCGCACCUCUGCCGAAGAACGGCGCACUUGUUGAGGACCCGCAAUUUCAGGAGAUUGUGGAGAGAAGCCGCAGUUUGACACAGAAGAUCCUGCUCUCUAUUCCCGACACGCACAAAUCCUGCAUUCACACAGAGACUCUACAACUGAAUUCUUCAGAGAAUGGAAAGUUGGAAACGAUGGCGUCCACUAUUGGCAUCCCCUCUGCUCCUGUGCUCAGAGUGGUGUCAGAAAACUCCACUUUGGAGGACAGUUUGACGGGGAUGUAUGAAGGUCUGCAGCUGCACCAGGCCUUACUGAGUGCCAUCUCUUCACGGCUGGGGAACAAAGAUAAAGUGAUCGAACUGAUGGCUGACAUCAGAGAUCUCGCCAUUCAGAUCAAUAAGAUGCUAAAGAUGGCCCAAGCAGAACCUGUGGUGCAGCCCAGCCCAACUCCUGUGGCCUUACGUCUGCCGGCAAACUAUGAGGUCCAGGUGGCGACACAUCUGACCCUGGUUCAGCUCCAGGCCUUCGGGCAGGACAUGAUCCGCUGCUUGAGGCCUCUGGAUCGCAGCAAUGAAGAGGAAACCGAGAGUUGACCAAUGGGUGCCACACUCUGAGCUUUAUAUUUGUAGCUUAAUUUUAUUAUCCCUUAUUAACCCCACAAGGGGAAAUUCUGAUUUUCGCAUAUCUCCCCAGUUGGGGGAGUCAGAGCGACGGGUCAGCCAUGGUACAGCGUCCCUGGAGCAGGAAGGGUUAAGGGUCUUGCUCAAGUGCCCAACAGUGGCCACAUCGGGGCUUGAACCUCUGACCUUCUGAUCAGUAGUCCAGAGACUUAACCGUUGCGCCACCACUGCCGGAGUAAAUGUGGUAAUGUCAUUUACUGUAAGGUUUGUGUUGUUUUUUCAGUGUCCUGUCCUUCUUUUUGCCAUGUUUACUUAUUGUUUUUAUUUAUUGACCCAUUUAAAGAUAAUUUAUUUUUUUAUUUAUAUUUAUUUAUGGAAUUGCAAUAUGCAAUAUUUAUUUAGGCAUUUUAUUUUUGUUAAAGGCUUCUUUUGUUGCCGUUUUUUGGGUUCCUUUCCACCGUUGUUGACUGCUUGCUCACAGGCAAGCCAAAGGCAACUUUUGGAUUGUUGGGUUCUCUGUUUGGUCUAAAAUUCGUAAGGUUGUCACCUUACUAUGUGAAGUGCUGUGAGAUGACAUAUGUUUGCAUUACAUAAAUGAAACUAAGCUGAAUUAAACUGAACACCUGCUGACUAGCAACAACAUUUAGCAAAACAGAAAGAGCUAUCUGUAUGACAUUUACGAACUUCAUCAACUAUUAACACUCAUUUAGGGGAUUGGGGGCACAUUGAGGACUAAUGGAUUAGUGUCAUUAUUUUUGUAUGAAUCUUAUGCCAAAACCUGCUGUACAUGCUUGUAUAUUUUGAUAUGUAAAUAAAAGAAAAAUAAUUCUC